AUGGUGCUGCUGAGUCCUUCAAUAUGCGGAAUUAGAAAGUUACUUGCAAUCUAUGAAGGAUAUGCUGAGCAACAUGGCCUAAGAUACAAUCCUAAGAAAAGUGAGUUGUUAGUCUUUACAGGGAAAAAUAAAAGUCCAACACGUGUCCCUCCUGUUCAACUUAGUGGUACACUUUUACAGAGUGUAACUGAAUUUAAAUAUCUGGAACACAUUGUUACUGAACAUUUAAAAGACGAUAAAGACAUGGAAAGAGAACGUAGGGCGUUGGCUGUAAGGGCCAAUAUGCUGGCUCGAAGGUUUGCUGGUUGUUCUGUACCUAUUAAAAUUACACUAUUUAAAGCUUACUGCCAAACAUUCUACACCAGCAGCCUUUGGGCUAGCUGUACUCGAAGAGCGGCACACGCCUUGCGAGUACAAUACAAUAAUGUCUUCAGGGCGCUGUUGAGGCUACCAUAUUACUGUAGUGCGUCAGGCAUGUUUGCAGAUGCUCACACUGACGAUUAUUUCGCGAUAAUGCGUAAGAAUGUGGCGUCAUAA